AUAAGGGGGAAAGAGAGAGUUAGACAGCACCAUGCCCCUUUUUACGUAUAAGUAUCAAAUGCAAAAUCGAUAUCACAUUUAGGCUCUUGCAGAUCGUGAUUUUUUUGUACGGACUUUGGGAUUGCCCAUAAAAAUAGAUCAAAUUUUUGGUCAAAAAGAGCAGCUGCCCCUUUAGGAUAUCUCCCUAUUUCUAAUUUCUAUUCCAACCCUUAGGCAAUACAAAAAAUAUCCUAUAUGCUCUAUGCUUGCAGAGAUUCAUAAAGUUGCCGCAAUCACACGCCUGAUAACGAUCGGUUUAGCGAUCGCUAGCUAUAUUUUCAUUGGUAGUUACGACUCAUCGGCCGAGAUUCAACUGGACUCAUCGAGGCCACAUGUUCUUAAUGUAUUUCUACGAUGGGACGCUAUGUAUUUCCUGCAUAUUUCAGAAUUUGGAUAUAUCUUUGAGCAAGAAACAGCAUUUUUUCCUUUGAUGCCAUUAAUAGCGAGAUUCAUAGCGAAUACAGUCUUCUGGCCUUUACAAUCGAUACUGAGCUAUAGAUAUACAUUACUGCUUGCUGGUGUGACUAUAGCUAAUGUAUGUUUUGUACUAGCAGCUGGUGCACUUUAUAGGUUAACUAUAGCAUUGCUUCCGGGCAAUAAAAAGCUAGCCUUCGCUUCAGCUAUCGCAUUUUGUCUAUCACCACCUGCCAUGUUUAUGUCCUCUUUUUACACUGAGUCAUUGUUCGCAUGGAUAACAUUUGAGGGGAUGCGCUUUAUUGCCCAAAAAAAAUACCUCUUAGCGGCCCUGAUAUGGAGUUUCGCAUCGGCAGCUAGAUCAAAUGCCAUUGUCUACAGCGGGUUUUUCUUUUACGACUUGUUUUGGAUGCGUUUCGUGAAUCGCAAGCGCUAUUUGACAGGCUUAGUGAAAGCAUGCAUCUACACAUUGAUUACCAUUUCCGGUUUCGUUGCGUUUCAAUAUUAUACUUUUAACAGAUUUUGCAGUUUGGACCGACCAUGGUGCGAGAAUAAGCUGCCAUUACUUUAUUCGUUCGUCCAAAAAGAAUACUGGGGCAAUGGGUUCUUGGCCUAUUACGAAGUCAAACAAAUACCCAAUUUUGUGUUAGCGGCACCGAUUAUUUUGAUCAGUCUAUUUGGCCUGAAGAACUACAUACAGCACGACAGUCUUCGAUUCUUGACGAUCCAUCUCAUGUCCUCCAAAACACCCUAUCGAAAGGCGGACGAAAACCAAAGUUAUACCAGUUCAGCGUUGGCCGUUUACAUGUAUCUUUGGGCAUUCUUAUUGGUAUUUGUUUGUUGUAAUAUGCAUGUUCAAGUGAUUAUUCGUUUCUUUACUUCGCUUCCACCCUUGUACUGGUUUGUCGGCGCUCUAUGGUCCAAGGCGUUCGGUAGCUCUCAGCUGGAUAAAAACGUCCAAUCUACUGUUGCAGCCAAUUUGGUUUUUAGUUACUUUAUCCUCUAUGGACUGGCUGGUAUUGUUUUGUUUUCGGGAUUCUUACCUCCUGCUUAAUUAUAGUACUAUCGCUCAACAUUUUUUGUAAUAUAAUGCAUCC